UUUGUGUGUUUCUAGAGUUUCUAGCAGGGUAAAACGUAUCCGGAGGAAGCAUCGUGAUUGGCCAAUCUGCGAGAUAGCGGUGUCUUCGAGAGUUUUUCAAUGUAAAUUCAUACAUUUCAAAAAAACCAGUCGUAGUCGUAGUAAGAGGAAUAACAAUCAUAUGCGAAUGCCGAAUUGGCCGAUUGCGUUAUUUGCGUUAACGAAUUUAGUGCAGUCAAGUGAUCAGUGAAUUAGUGAUUCAGUUCAUUUUACGGAGUGUUCGCCCUUGUUAUUGUUUCUAGUUUGAGUUUAUUUUAAGCUUUCUGAACAAGAUGAGUUAUUUUUUAAAUCUAAUCAAUAACCUUGAUAGGUUAAGUUUCGCGAAUCGAGUUGCAGUUUACGUAUACUUGAGACAUCAUCUUACUUUGGACGAAACUCAGGCACAGUGCAGUUUAAAUGCCUCUAACCCAGAAUUUUACAAAGGACUUCUCUGUAAGAAGAAAGAGCUUGCUAUUGUUGAAGUGUAUGAUACUUUACCAUACAUCGGCGUCGCCAAUUUUACCUCGAAAAAUGCAUUCCUCAAGGUGCUGCCAGUUUUACUCAGCUACUCUACUUUGUAUGAGAUGAAAGUGCAAUAUGUUUCUCAAAUUCUCGAUAUGUUGAGAGUGCACCCUGCUUUCAUCAAUGAUGCUAAAAUUUUCGAGCAGUGGUUCAUUGUAUUUCACAAACGGCAGCUGUGUCGUACUCGUGAGUUCUCUUAUAAAGACGAAUUCUAUUUCCAAAAUUUGCCGAAAAUGGAUCCAGUUCCAGGAAAUUAUUUUUCUCUGUGCGUCGGUUAUUCUGAUAUUUCUUUGCUGAGAGCUUUUCACAGAUGGCUAAGACUUCAUCGCCUUCAUAAAUAUCUGUUCGUAUUCGCGAAUCUAAAGUACGAGCAAAUUAUUCUGAUCGACGAGACCAACAUCGAUGAUAUGGUGAGCAGCGUCGCCAUUUUCAACAUGACUAUUGGCGCAAAAAAUAAGAUACUGAGAGAACUUGCCGAGCUUCGUAAAAGAAGCGAAAUGUUAUUGAGCAAUGUCAUUCGGAAAGUUUAUUAUAAUGCGAGCGAUCUUGAAGAAGCAGUUCGAAUAAUCAAAAAAAUUUUGAGAACUCCCAUCAAAGUUGAUGACGAUUUUAAUGAAAAUAUUCCCGCGCUGCUUGUAAAAGCUUUGAAAACUGUGUGUGAAACCAUUCUGCUGGAUUGUGUAACAUUCAGUGAAGGGAUGAUUCCCUUGUACGGUUUAUUGAUAUCGGUUCUGAAAGAAGCAUGGAACUAUACCAUCUUCACGUGUCAGGAUAAAGACUGGUUCAACGAAUGGAGAAUAGCUUUAUCUGAAAAAAUUAACAACAAUUUCAAUUCUUCACCGGUGACGAUGUCUAGAUCUGCUAGCGUUAUAUGUCUUCCAGAUUUUAUGAAUUCGAGAUCUGCAAGUGCUAUAUGCCUUCCAAAUCUGAAGGAAAAUCUCAAACUUUGAAUUGGCUUUCAAUCGCUUUUUAAUUAUUUUACCUAUUGUGUUUUUUUUAUUAUAAUCGUAAUCAUUUUUCCUGUUAUUUUCUUACGAUCGUGUUAUAAGUACUUCGUAGAUUAAGAUUAUUGAUUGAAAAUUCAGUCUUUUUAAGUUUUUAUUUGUAUGGAAUUUCCGAGUUUCUUAUAGUUUCAUUUCAGUUUUGUUAUUCGGUUUCUCAUUUUAAGAAUUUUAGUUCAUUUUAUCGAAAACUUGAGGUACAUACAUAGGUAUUUAGUACCUUCACGUUUAUAUUCGUUUCAAGAAAGUGUUUUUUUGUUUUAUAUUACUACCUAUUAUUGAUAGAUGUUUUCAUACCGUAAUUUGGUGUUCUUUAAAUUUAUAUUUUAAGGGAACCUAGUUCUUUAUAGAAUGUAUUUCCCCAUUUGUUGAAUUUUAUUUUCGUUUCUAUUAAUUAAUUUGAUCUUAAUUGAAUUAUCUGUUUUUUUUUCUCAAAUGAAUAUAAUAUACAUGCUUAUAAUUUGAAGUUUAUAGUAAACGUAAUUUUUUUCAAUUCCAUUGAAUCUUAAUUCGCUUAUUAGUUUUACCUACUCUUAUUGCUUAUUGGAAAAGUAAUUUCGUAUUCACUUAUUCAUGAAAUUUUGUAUCCUGUUGAAAAGAGAAAUAUUUUCAUUUAUAAUGUAAUAUAUGUUUUCAGGAAGCGUAUGUAUUUCUGUGUAGAAUGCAUUUUUUAAUGUUGAUUUUUUUCAUUUUCGGUUCAUUGUAAAAGUCAAUUCUGGGCGAGCUAAAUUCUCACCAUGUUUAGAUGGUAGUUUUAAUUUAACAUGUGUCUAAUUUUAAUAUACUAAUCACCGUAAUUAUUUGUUAUGCUUGCCUAUUUGAGGAAUUUUGUUUCUUUACUGUUCAAUAUUAAUUUUGUUAGCCAAUUUUUUGCAAAUAGCAUUCAUUCAAAUUCGAUUAAAUCAACGUUUAUUUCAAACGCUGUACAAUUUAUUGA